AUGCAUUCACGGCUGCACACAGGCGAACGUCCUUACAUCUGCGACGUUUGCAACAAGACAUUCACACAAAGUGCUCAUCUGAAACAUCACUCGCAAGUGCACACUGGCGAACGCUCAGACACCUGUGCUAUCUGCAACAAGACAUUCACCAAAACUAGUCACCUGAAGAUGCACAUGCAGUUGCACACUGGUGAACGUCCAUAUGAGUGUAGUGAUUGCAACAAGACAUUCAUAGAAAAAAGUCAACUGAAGCGGCAUUCACGGUUGCACACUGGUGACAGUCCCUACAUCUGUAACAUUUGCAACAAGACGUUCACAGAAAAUAGUCAACUUAAGCGGCAUUCACGGUUGCACACUGGUGAAAGUCCCUAUUUCUGUGACGUUUGUAACAAGACUUUCACGCACAGUAGUACACUAAAGCAACAUUUGCAGCUGCACACAGGUGAACGCCCUUACAGCUGUGCCAUUUGCAACAAGACUUUCACAAAUAAUGGCGCAUUGAAACAGCAUUUGCGGUUGCACAGUGGCGAGCGUCCUUACAUCUGUACAGUUUGCAAUAAGACGUUCACACAAAGUAAUCACCUGAAGGAGCAUUCACAGUUGCACACUGGCGAACUUGCAUACACUUGUGGUAUCUGCAACAAGAUGUUCACACAAAAAAGUCAACUGAAAAGGCAUUCUAAGCGGCACACUGGUGAACGCCCAUAUGUCUGUGGCGUUUGCAACAAGACAUUCGUAGAAAAUAGUCAACUGAAGCAGCAUUCACGAGUACACACUCGCAAGGCCUCAUAG